AUGCCCCACGGGGGCACGGGCACGCGCCCACGCCCCCACACGCGGAGUCUGAUUGGACGACAAAUGUACAUCCAGACCACCACCCUGACCAUCUCCCUGAGCCUGAGCGCCUCUGUCUCCCUGGGCAUGCUCUACAUGCCCAAGGUGUACGUCAUCCUGCUCCACCCCGAGCAGAACGUGCCCAAGCGCAAGCGCAGCUUCAAGGCCAUCGUCACGGCCGCCGCCAUGACAGGCAAGCUGGCGGGCUCCAAGGGCGGCGACCGGCCCAACGGCGAGGUGAAGACGGAGCUCUGCGAGAGCAUGGAGACCAACACUUCAUCAACUAAGACGACCUACGUCAGCUACAGUAACCAAGCCAUCUGAUGGGGGUCCUGGCAGGACGGAGAGGAAGAGGUGUGGCCUCCUGGGGGUGGGGUGGGUGGGGACCACCCCGGAAGUAACUGUCACACGCAGCUGAUUGGCUGACUGGAUGAUGAACACGGGGGGCCCAAGCAUGAGACAUUUUGUAUUGUUCCGCAUCAAAACCCCCUCCCACGACCGCAGAGAGGCGGGGCCACACAGACCAACAGCCAAUCAGUGUGUCUUGUCUCCUGCCGCUCUUAGCACAAUGGCCCAAUCACAAACUGUUCAUGAAGAGACUGAAACCGAAGAAAAAAGAGUUAUGGGCCCCGCGGUUCACUUUUAUCAACAUCUGGAAUAAAGAAAAAAAUAUAUACGACAAAACAGAAGAAAAAAAAAACGUAACAAAACAAAAGAAAUUCUAACAGUGUAAACGUUAUAUAAAAAGGGGACGCAAGGGAUGGGGAAAAGACAUUUAAGAGAACAAAGUUUUAAAGAUAUUCUAAACGAAAAAAAUAGGAACCUAUGCGACUGGAUUAUGUUUGUUGUUAUUCUACCUGUAAGUAUUUUUGUGAUUGUGAAGAUUUUUUCAUCCUUGUCCCAUGUCGUGCGACCUUGCAUUCAAGAUGAUGCUGUCCCCUGUGCCAGCUCGUUGGAUUGUAGCCUUGGGUUGUGAAUCUGUCAAUGCCAUGGUUGAAGCAUGCCAGUUUUUUAUACAAAUGAUUUAUUUAUAAUAAAGGAAUGUUUUGCAAAUGUG